UUGGCAUAAUUUAGCGCGCGAAAAUCAAUGUCUGCAAAAAAACAAGAACAGAAUCACAACUUUCUAGUUAUAUUCUGGUUUGGAAUUAAAUAAUUUCUAAAUCGACUGUUUAAAAUGGCAAAUAUAGAAAAUAAGCUGUUAAUUCAGAUGAUCCUUAAGUUGGGGCUUACCGAACAUGAGCAACUCGAGCCAAAAUCGACUGAAUUGCUUCGACUGCUACAGCUGAAAUCUGCUGGUGGAGUGGCAAAUCUGGGAGAUUACGCAAAAGCCACUAUAUGCAUUGAUCUAGCUACUGGUCUAUUGGGACUACCAUUCCAUAACGAGACGGCACUUAAAUUAUCUGGACUGAAGAAGAGUGCGUAUGCGAACAGCAAACGGACGUUGGAAAAGAUCUUGGAUAUUAACAAAAUUAUCGGCAUAAACGAAAUAUGUAUUCAACUAGGGCUGAAUCAGGUUCAGGAGGAAGCAACAAAGCUGCUGGACAGCUAUAAGCGGUUUACGGGCAAUGGGAACGUGGAAGUCGAUUUUGCACAUCCACAAUACGCUACGAUGGCGGUAUUCCAGGCAUGCAAGCGACAGAAAGUUAAACCACCCAAAGCCAAAUUGGUGUCAUACAGCCACCUGAAACCUGCUCAGUGGACCUUGUUGGAGAAAAACUGGGAAAAGUUCCUAUCAAGUGCGGCAGAUCUAAGUGCAGCUUCCAAAUCGAAGGAUAACAAAGCGAUUGAAGCAGAUAAUCCAACAGAGGAGAGGUUGAUAGUGGAUGAACGAGUCAGCGGACACAAACAUAGCUCACCGGAAAAGAUAGAACCGUAUGUGAACUGGAAGAAACGGAUGUUGGAAAAGGCAUACCGCGAGUUGAGGGCUCUGCAGCAGGAACGUUAGUUGAUAAGCUAUCUUUUAUUUUAUAAGUACAAGAACUUAAUUAUGUUUUGUUAUUCAUCAUUCCUUGUUCAUAAUAAUUUUUAAACUGUAAUAUACUUAUUCAAAAUUA